AUAUACCUACGUCUAGCAGCGUAAAAUAACAGUGGAAAAGUGCACCGUUUAGUGUUACUUUCAAAAUCAAAAUAUUAAACCGGCAAGCAAAUACACGGCGAGUAUUAUUCAAAUUGCGAAUAAUAAAAUACAUACAACAGCAGCAAGAGAUAACAUAUUUACAUAGAUUGUCGGCAUAUAGCAAAUAGCCAACAUGUCAGCUAGCCGCUGCGAUUGCCUGGUGAGCGUGCCAACCGGUCCCACAUUGGCCUCCACCUGUGGCGGCAGCGCAUUCAUGCUCUUCAUGGGUCUGCUCGAGGUGUUCAUUCGUUCACAAUGCGAUCUCGAGGAUCCCUGUGGCCGCGCCACGCCAAGGUUUCGAUCGGAGCCGGAUUAUGACUAUGAUUUUAUUGUGAUUGGCGGCGGUUCGGCUGGCUCGGUGGUUGCUUCACGUCUGUCCGAGGUGCCGCAAUGGAAAGUGUUGCUUAUCGAAGCGGGCGGCGAUGAACCGGUUGGGGCACAAAUACCUUCAAUGUUCUUAAAUUUCCUUGGCAGCAGCAUUGAUUGGGGCUUCACAACCGAACCAGAGCGUAUGGCGUGCUUGGGUUCCGAAGGACAACGCUGUUCGUGGCCACGUGGUAAAGUAUUGGGUGGCACCUCAGUGCUAAACGGUAUGAUGUAUAUACGAGGCAAUCGAGAAGACUACGACAAUUGGGCUGCAGCGGGCAAUCCCGGUUGGUCUUACGAUGACGUCUUGCCAUUCUUUAUGAAAUCGGAGGAUAAUAUGCAAUUGGAUGAAGUGGAUAGGGACUUGCAUGCGAAAGGUGGACCAUUGCCGGUAUCACAUUUCCCAUACAAUCCACCAUUGUCAUAUGCGAUAUUGAAGGGUGGAGAGGAGAUGGGCUACACGGUGCAAGAUUUGAAUGGCCGCAACGCCACCGGAUUCAUGAUCGCCCAAAUGACAUCGCGUAAUGGCAUACGUUGGAGUUCGGCGCGUUCGUUCUUGCGUCCGGCGCGUAGUCGCAACAACCUACACAUUCUGCUUAACACCACCGCCUCCAAGGUGCUUUUCAAACCCGAUAGUAAAACCGUAGUUGGCGUUGAAGUGAUCGAUCAGUAUGGUAGCACGCGCAAGAUAUUCGCCAAGAAGGAAGUGAUUGUCAGCGGUGGCGCCGUAAGCUCACCGCAAAUACUUCUACUUAGCGGCAUUGGGCCAGCCGACGAAGUAAUGAAGGCCAAUGUACGUCCCGUACAUAAUUUGCCCGGCGUUGGCAAGAAUUUACACAAUCAUGUCGCCUACUUUACCAACUUCUUCAUCGACGAUACGGACACAGCCCCCCUCAACUGGGCAACCGCCAUGGAAUAUCUACUCUUCCGCGACGGUCUUAUGUCUGGCACCGGCAUCUCAGAUGUGACCGCCAAACUGCAUACACGCUAUGCCGACGAACCAAAUGUACCAGAUUUGCAACUCUACUUCGGUGGCUACAUGGCAAGCUGCUCGCGUACCGGCCAAGUUGGCGAGCUGCUAUCGAACAACAUGCGCUCUGUACAAAUUUUCCCAGCUGUUUUGCAUCCCAAAUCACGUGGCUCAAUUACGCUCGCCUCCAACGAUCCUCUAGCGCCGCCACGCAUCGUCGCCAAUUAUUUGACUGAUGAACGUGAUGUUAAAACUCUGAUCGAAGGCAUUAAGUUCGCCAUCAAAUUAUCGCAAACUACACCGCUCAAACAGUAUGGCAUGCGGUUGGAUAAGACGCCGGCAAUGGGUUGUGAGUCGUUUACCUUCGGCACAGAUGCCUAUUGGGAAUGCGCGGUACGGCGCGACACUGGACCGGAAAAUCAUCAAGCGGGUUCGUGUAAAAUGGGCCCGGCAAGCGAUCCCUUGGCUGUGGUCGAUCAUGAGUUGCGUGUGCAUGGCGUGCGGGGACUGCGUGUUAUGGACACAUCCAUCAUGCCGCAGGUGACAUCGGGCAAUACGCAUGCGCCGGCGGUGAUGAUUGCCGAGAAGGGAGCGUAUAUGGUGAAACGUGCCUGGGGCGCCAAAGUUUGA